GGUGGACUCGGGAGGCGGUGGAGGGGCGGGAGGAAGGGGCGCGGUCCGGCCACGGGCGGGAGCGAGCGCGGAGCAGCGUUGUCCGGGGCGCACUCCCUCGCUGGCCGCUCUUCCGCACGCCCGUUCCUGGGGCCGCGCUCCAGGUUCCGUAGAGGGACACUUACUCGCUGUGAGACUGGAACGUUAUAGUACAGUCGGCCCUGCGUAGCCGCGGGUUUCAAAGUCGAACCGCGGUUGGUGGAAUCAGCGGAUGCAGAACCCGCGGGUUAGUGUGAUCUCAACUCAAGAGAAAGGUGGGAUAUCAUGGCAUCUAUCUGGGUUGGACACCAAGGGACAAUGAGAGAUUAUCCCAGCUUUAGCGCAUCAGUGGACGCUGAAGCGAUUCAUAAGGCAAUCAGAGGAGUUGGAACUGAUGAGAAAGCGCUCAUUAGCAUUCUGACUGAGAGGUCGAACGCACAGCGGCAGCUGAUUGCUAAGGAAUACCAAGCAGCAUACGGAAGGGAACUGAAAGAUGACUUGAAGGGUGAUCUCUCUGGCCACUUCAAGUGUCUCAUGGUGGCCCUCGUGACCCCACCGGCAGUGUUUGAUGCGAAACAGCUGAAGAAAUCCAUGAAGGGCACGGGAACAAAUGAAGAUGCACUGAUUGAAAUCUUAACCACCAGGACAAGCAGGCAGAUGAAGGAGAUUGGCCAAGCCUACUAUACAGUGUAUAAGAAGAGUCUUGGAGAUGAAAUUAGUUCUGAAACAUCUGGUGACUUCCGGAAAGCUCUGUUGACUUUGGCAGAUGGCAGAAGAGAUGAGGGUCUGAAAGUGGAUGAACAGCUGGCCAAAGAGGAUGCCCAGAUUCUCUAUAAUGCUGGUGAGAACAAAUGGGGCACGGAUGAAGAUACGUUCACUGAGAUCCUCUGUUUAAGGAGCUUUCCUCAACUGAAACUGACAUUUGAUGAAUACAGAAAUAUCAGCCAGAAGGACAUUGAGGACAGCAUAAAAGGAGAAUUGUCUGGGCAUUUUGAAGACUUACUGCUAGCCAUAGUCUGUUGUGCAAGGAACACGCCUGCCUUUUUAGCUAAAAGACUGCACCAAGCUUUGAAGGGUGCUGGGACUGAUGAGUUUACUCUGAACCGAAUAAUGGUUUCCAGAUCAGAAAUUGACCUUUUGGACAUUCGAACAGAGUUUAAGAAGCAGUAUGGCUAUUCCCUACAUUCAGCAAUUAAAAAAUCUCAUUGUGGAAUCCUGUCUGUUGAAGAGAGCUAGAGACCAGUUUAAGUCUUUGUGAUGGAACCCACAGAAUAGAUGUUAAUUAUAUUACCUACUUUCCAGACACUGACAGGUAAUCUGAGAGACAUGUAGACCUCCCUAUCAUGGCUGAGAACCAGUGUAAGUUCCAUCUUGUGGAUGUCCACUCAAAGCUGAGUCUUUCCCAGGAAGUGGGUGAUACACAGUGACGUUCAGCUGGGAAUGGUCCUACUUUUCCAGCUCUUCCUGUGCCUCUGGACUCUAAGGCGGUACCAGCCUGUGCCACAGGCAGGGCCCACCAGCUCAGGGCACCUGGCAGUUAUCUUCUGGGUACCAGCCUGCACCUUAGCCUUCUGACACUGGAGGGCUAAAUGCGACAGCAAUGACUGGAGAAUGUCUUCAGUUUAUUCCUGUAUGUUUCUGGAGAGAAGACCUGGUGACAGGGAAAAAGCAGCUUCCUUCUUCUCUCUACCUCCUGUCUCUUCUUAAGCCCUCUGCUUUAAUUUCUGGCUGACUUGAGCAAUGUUGACAAGACAAAGAGAAGUCUUUCCACUGUUUAGUCUACUUUUAAUUAUUUCAAUAUGGAGACCUUCCCUGGCCACCAGGCAACAACUGUCCAUUCUUGAUUUUCUCCUCUUUCUUACUUCUGGGUGCUGGGGAUGUAGUUUGGUUGGACCAGAAACUUCUUGGGAGGUCCAAGCUUUCCCAGAAUGUAUAAUCUACCCAGAGAAAGCCCCUGUGGGGAAACUCCACAGAUCUUUCUCUGGCUACACCUCUGGGGACACUGUGGUUGUCCUACUUCUCCUGGGCUGCUCUUGGCUUCCUCAGUGUGAUGGUUCUGUCUUCUUUCUUCAGGAAAAAGUCUCCCUGACCUCUCCCUUCCUAGGUAUAAAGGAAAGACUCUAGGCUUUGGAGCCACACUCUGAGUUCAAAUGCCACCUACUUGCUGUGUAACUUUGGGCAAAUUACUUCGUGAGGCUGAUCCACCAUUUCCUUUUGUUUAUAAAAUGGGAGUAGUGAAAUAAGUCAGAAAGAGGAAGACAAAUACUGUAUGAUCUCACUUAAACGUGGAAUCAAAAAAGAAAAAAUGUGGCACUCAGGUACAGAGAACAGAUUCGUGGUUGUCAGAGGUGGGGUUUGGGAGGCGGGUGAAAUGGGUAAAAGUGGUCAAAAGGUACAAACUUGUAGUUAUAGGAUAAAUAACUCAUGGGGACGUCAUGUAGAACAUGGUGGCUGUAGUUUCUAACACUGUACUAUAUAUUUGAAAGUUGCCAAGAGAGUAAACCUUGAACUUCUCAUCACAAGAAAAAAAAAAUCUGUGUAUGGUGAUGGAUGUCAGCUAGCCUUACUCUGGUGAUCAUUUCACCGUACAUACAUGUAUAUACCAAAUCAUUAUGUUGUACACCUAAAACUAAUACAACGUUAAUGGCAAUUAUAUCUCAAUUUGGAAAAAAGAUGGGAAUAAUUUAUGUAACUCAUAGUGCCAAGAGGCCCAAGGAGGGAAUAAUGGAAGAUAUGAAGAGUUAAAUGAGGUAACAAAAGUUACCUAACAAAAAGCACCUAACACAACAUCGGAAAUACAGUAAUAAUUGGACAUUAUUUACACCUUUCGCCAGUUUCCCAUUCUCCUUUGCUAUACCUAGUACAUGCAUAUGAUCCUUUUUGUUUCAAGUGUUCCUAUUAACAAUUAUAGGGCAACUGACACAGUACUGCAUAUUCUGUUUAACGACCGUGGGGAAGUUUGACAGCUUAACAAAUCAUCCUUGACUCCCUUGCAGAGAGGAGAAUUCAGCUUCCCUUGGAUUUUGGCUUUAAGACCUCACAUUGUUUUCUCAGAAAACAGACCUGAAGACCCGGUAGGUGUUAACGGUGCUCUGAUCCUUUCAGGUGUCUUCGUUUCAAUAAUAAUAAUAAACACCAGUUUCUUAGCACUGAAUAUGAGCAAUCUGUAGAUGUUAUCUCCUUUAACCUUAACUCCAUGAGGCAGGUGACAUCAUCCGCAUUUAUAGUUAGGAAACUGAGACUCAGAAAGGCUAAGUGCCACCCUACAUCACAUAACUAGAUCAUUCUGAAACCACAAGACAAACCAAGAUGUCUAAUGGCUCCAGAAUCCAUGUUCCUGGCACUCUCACCAAGGUGCCUUGAGGCAACAGUAGCAGCAGUUGCAAAGCUCUUUACUUGAGAGGCCUUUUUCCAAGGGGAGAAGGGUCUGGAAACUUGGAGCUCUCAUGACCCACCUGGCUUCUCGCCCCAAGCAAUUUCACAAUACAUCACCGGCAUCUAACAUUCAUAAGUAAUGAAGCCAAAAUUAGUCCCUCGGAAGUUUACAGAUCAGUAACCUAAAGUCAUCUAGUACAGGACAAAAGCCACCAUGAUAAAGAAAGCAGUGACUGUAUCUUUAAAUCUGGGGUGAUUUGGUCAGGAGGCUCUCAGACCCGAAGUGAUCGGUUGACUGCAUGUCUUCUGCUCGCUGAGAACCGUGCUAUCAAGACUGGAAAACUCCAGAGUGGUCGAGGCAGGGCACAGGUGAAAGGGCAGAGUUGGAAGCCUGAACAAACUUUUCCCCAUGACUUACAGAACUUCCCUAGUUCUGCGUUUCCCAUACUUUCUGAGGGGGAAGUAGGCUCCUUUUUAGUCUUCUUUUCCCCAUGCCUCGCAGAGCAGCAGUACUGGAACCACUCAGCCACGCGGACCGGGCAGCAUCUAAAGGUCAGGUCGCUGGCGGGUGCAGUUUGAGUAGAAGUGAUCGCAGAUGUGCAGGCCGACAUCCAGAGGGUCAGCAGGGCCAGGGCCUGAGCCAUGGGGCCAUCCACGUUUUCUGGAGUGGAAGGGGAAUACGAGUCAAGACAGGAUUGAAGAACAGGAAAAUCGCGCGGAGCUCUGGAAGAGAAGCAGCAGAGUCGCCCUUUGUCCCGGUGUCCUCUUUAACAAGGCAUUGGUGAAGGAAUAGCGCAUACUGAUGGCCUACUGUGUACUUAGCACUAUGCUGCAUGCUUUAUAGAGGCCCUUAGGCACAGUAAUGUUAGAAAGGCCUCGUUUGUCCUAACUCUGCUACCAACUAGCUUGGAGAAAUUGGGAAAAUCAUUCAAUCUCUCUGAGUGUUUAUGUCAUCUUUAAAAUUGCUGCAGCGGGAGAGGCCACAGCAGUGAGAGGCCUGCGUACCGCAAAACGAACAAACAAAACAAAACAAAAUUGAACUAAUAAUAUCUAUAUUUAUCACUGAGCCCAUCAAUAUUAAUUGAAGACCUACUGUGUGCUAAGCAUUAUAAAAGCUGGAUAUACAUGUAGGUAAAUUAAAAUAAACCAGUAUCUUAUAAAUAAGUUCUAGGAAUGUAAUGUACAGCAUGAUUAUAGUUGAAAAUACUGUACUGCUUAUUUGAAAGUUGCUUAGAGAGUAGAUCUUAAAAGUUCUCAUCACAAGAAAAAAAUUGUAACUAUGUGUGAUGGACAUUAUUAAACUUAUUGUGAGAAUCGUUUUGCAAUACAUCAAAUCAUCAUAUUGUAU